AUGUACUGGGAACAGUUGGAGCUGAGAUGCAGAUCCUUGUACCGACCUUCAACGGGCCAGCCUACACCAGCUGCUGGUAGACAAGUGCAGAGCAACUGCAGUUGCUGUGCUCAAUGUCACCCAACACAGCCCGCUUGGGACAUCAGUUUGCAGCAUCGAUUCUGGGCACCAGGACGUAUCGGCAAUCUAUAUUCUCCGAACCCUGGCACUGGGCGGAAGACUUCUGCCUGGAGCUGGUUCCCUUGGCCCAGGAGUAACAGUCAGAAUUCUCGUUGCCGUAUGGGAGGAGUCCCUCAGUCAGGAGACAGCGCAUACGGCUUCUGCGAAACGGAAGGUCCCCCCCAAAACGCGACCGGCUAUGACGGCCGGUACCCCCACAACUUCGAGCAGCCAUUCCAGCGGGCACAAGUCCACAACCCACAGACCUUUAACCAGCAUCGAGAAUUUGCUCAGCAUCCACAGAAUUUUGCACAGGCUCAGCCGAACUUCCAACCAGCUAACUUCACCCAAGAACAGUUUGGUGAAGCGAGUGGAAGUUUUGAUGCAGCCACUGGAGUGUGGGGUCCUCCACCCCCUUACAGCCCUCAAGGAAGAAGUGGAAGCAGACACCAUCUCCACCACCAAGACCCAGCAGCGGCAACUUUACUCCAUCACCACCACAUGGACCGUCCAGACCACGCUCAACCCCACACCUGUCGAAACUCCUACCUAAUGCACCAACCAGACACUCAUUUAAGGCAUGCAGACCUUAACCGUCCCGAACUAACCCGAAUCAAUCCGGAACUAGCCGAACUCGCACGGUUGAACCCAGAACUGGCUCGGUUUAACCCGGAAUUAGCUCGGUUGAACCCGGAAUUAGCUCGGUUGAACCCGGAAUUAGCUCGGUUGAAUCCGGAAUUAGCGCUAAUGAGUACGGAAAUGGCUCACAUGGCACAGAUGGCGCCAGUUGGGCACUAUCCGCCUGAAGUGAUACAGGCAAUGUCUUCACACUUACCGGAAGCUCGAUUUAAUACUUUGAGGGGUCAUUUAGUUCCGUACAGGUGCCAAAGAUUAGGGAUGAGUGCCAGUAAUUUGCACAGAGAUUGCAGACUACCAGAUGAUAAUAUCGCCAUUGAGUGUUUACAUCAAAAGACUGGGAGUAAAGUUUCAGAUCAAAGCACAGAUUCUUGCCAGAAACAGGGGAAAGAAAAUUUGGGUUUCCAGAAUGACAAACACUCGCCUAUGAGGGCUUCAAUCCAGGACUGCCGCCAGCUCGCUGCGAACCAGAAUGCUGAAUCUGAAGUGUACUUCGCUGAUGUAUCCAGCUGUUGCAAUGUAUCUGUCAAGGCCGACUGCUGCAUGAACGCCAACGUCUCAGCUUUAGUGGGCACCAUAGAGAAUCACCCAGAAUCAACCUCCGAAUCCGACACGGGGUCAUUCACCCUGACCCGUCAGCAAAGACCCCAGCCUCAAGUGGGAUCAAAGAGAAGACCCCGGCAAGAAAAACAUGUUAAGAAUCAAGAAAAAAUGCGUCAAGUUCUAAACAGUUCUGUUAGAUUAACCGAACACCAAAUAGAACAAUUAAAUAAUUCCAUGAGAAUGACGGAACGCAUUGAAAGGGAACGAGUAGGUGAACGAAUGAAUGAUUCGAGAGAUAGAUUGAAUGAUAGAGAACGGAUGCAUGAUGUUAGGAUCUGUGACCGCAUGAAUGAAACCAGAUUGAGUGAGAGAAUGAAUGAGUCUCGUGACCGAUUGCAUGACAGAGGUGAACGCAUGGAACGAAUUAACGAUUCGAGGAUCAGUGAUCGUAUGAAUGAGACUCGCUUGAGUGAACGGAUAAACGACUCACGUAUUAGUGAUAGGAUGAACGAAUCUCGUUUGAGUGAACGUGAACGAAUGAAUGAAACUCGUUUGAGUGAACGUGAAAGAAUGAAUGAAACUCGUUUGAGUGAACGUGAAAGAAUGAAUGAAACUCGUUUGAGUGAAAGGGAAAGAAUAAACGAAACCCGUUUAAGCGAACGGGAUAGGAUGAAUGAAACUCGACUAAGUGAGCGAAUUAAUGAUUCUCGUGACAGAAUAAAUGACUCAAGAAACUGUGAAGCUAUGACAGACCCGCGUAUGGAAAGGCUCAAUGAUUCACGAAUCAGUGACCGAAUGAACGAAACUCGUCUUAGUGAACGCAUGAGCGAAAGCCGUAUUGAGCGACUAAACGAUUCAAGAUUGGAAAGAAUGAACGACUCUAAGCUAAGUGACCGCAGUGAUCGCCACGACCCUCGUAUUGAACGGAUGAGUGAACUAAAUUCAAGUGUACGAAUGGAUAACCAACGCUCGCAUAUUUCACCUCUACGCCUCAGAUCGAGUCCAAAACCGAAAGAAAGACAAUCUGACUCGAAAACAUUCACUCAAAUAUCACCUCUAUCUCCAAAUACUGAGGAAUCAUUGUUGUCUGACGAUGGAACACCGGAUCAGGUGUACUCGAAUGAUCCAGAAUCUUCUAAAUGUUUAGGGCCUGAUUCUCAAUACGAACCCGUGAGGGAAUCUAAAGAAGAGAUAUUGAAAGGUAAUAUAAAUCAUAUACAUUGCUAUAGUGACACUAAUACGAUGGAUUCAGGGUGGCAAAGUGGUUCGGAGAAGCAGGUAACUGAUUAA